AUGAGAACUUUCCUUAUUCUUCUCUCUGUCUUCUUCAUGGCUGUAGCUCUACAAGGACCCGAUGAUCAUGAUUUCGAACGUCUGAAUGAAAACAUCUUGAAUAUUCUGCAUGCUCCUCCACUCGCACCAUUACCGGAAAUGACGAGCAUUCGUAACGUUGGACCUCCAGGCUUCGCUCCACCGCACGAUGUGAUGCUGAAAAUAAGAGAAAAUUAUUUGAAAAGGAAAAGAAUUCAUGGAUUGUCAAGAAGAAAAACGUUUGAAGAUGAUUUUGCCAUGAAACAUUCCAAGACGCGUUUGUAG